AUGUGCCGACGACCGAGUCCAAAGUCACCCGCCGCCCCCGGCAUUCCGCUUUCCCCCACAAAUCCGGCCGCUUUUGCACACAUCAUCUCGCAAAUCUCCAAGAUGAGUCCCCGAGACAUAGAGCGCCCGGGGUCUCCUGCUCCGAAGAAAGUCCGGAUCGCCUGUCGUCGGUGUCGAGCUAAACGCGUCAAGAUCAAACUUUUGGACCCGGACUUCGAUCUGACCAAAGGGCCAUCCGUGAAUAUGGGUGAGAAUGAAUUGACAUUGCCGUCUAGCUCGGGGGUUUCCGAUUGUGGCAAUGCUGUCACUACUAUGCUGGAGACUGAGACACAGAGUCGCGACAAGCCAGCCACAAGAAAACGACCGUACAACUUAGUCGAGGACCCAGAACCUGACCAGACCCCACGUGCAGAAGCAUCAUCUGUGGCAAAUGCAUUUGGGAUGCUGUCCCUACAUUCAGAUUCCCGACAACAGCACUACAUGGGUUCUUCCUCAGGACUGCUGUUCACGAAGCUGAUUGGAGUGGAUAGAGAUACACAGGUAUCCAGCCCAUCAUCCAAUAGUGAAACUAGCAAGUAUGGGAGGCAUUCAAUCUCUCAAGCCUUGAAGCAAGGCUAUCGCUCUCUGUACCAGAGCUUGACAAGGGAACUCCCUCCCCCCGAGGAAGCUGAAAUCUUAUUUGCGGUCUACUUCCAGCAUAUACAUAUUGACUACCCCGUUCUUCAUGCGCCUUCGCUAGUCAAUGCGUAUUUGGCAUUGUAUGAGAGCACACAGAUGGAACCCACGGGCCAAUACGAUAGCAACGGGUGGAUGGAAGGCCUGGAACCCUUCGAGUACAAUGGCAUGGCUGAUCAUGAAAGCGGCAAACCGUCUACGCCGAUAUCAGUAUUUACAGCCGUGUUUCAUGUCUUCAUGGUCUUCUCUCUGGCAGCGACCGUACUAACGCGCAAGAAGAGCUUUGAUUACUCUCCGACAAAAUUCUACAGAAUGGCCUUAGCAGAAACAUCCAGUUGCUUCUCCUCUGUGUCAGUGACAUCUCUGCAGGGUAUAUUACUCUUGGCGAUUCAUAGCAUGAUCUGCCCGGCUGGCCUCAAUAUUUGGACACUGGCACAUAUAGCAAUGUCGCAUUGCAUUGACUUGGGCCUUCAUCGAGAACCUAGCCCGUCUACAGGCAUUUCCAGAACGUCUCUGGCUGUCAAGAGACUGAUAUUUUAUACAACAUACUCCCUUGAUCGAACAAUAGCCACCAUCCAAGGCCGUCCUUUAGGUAUUAGGGAUGAAACCUUUGAUAUGCAACGUCCCGAAGUAGAAGAUGUCACUGAAGAAUUGUCUAUGAUUGGAAAUUGCAAACUCCAUGUUUCAGCGCCAUCGUCCGCCCAUAUGACAAUGUCCAUUCGUCGUUUCAGACUGGAUCAGUACAUAACUGAGAUAAAGCUCCUUUUCUAUCAUUUACCCAAACAGCUUCGCCCGCUCGUGUGGCCGAAUGACCUUGAAAAUCAUCAGGCACAGAUCAAGCUUGACCUUGACGCAUGGUUAACCGAGACAUCUCUCAUACAACCGCCGACUGACCGAGAAGAGGACAGAAAAAGCGUUGAGCAUGAGAAACUCAGUCGAAAGCUACGCAUAUACGAUCAUCUCAGUUCAGAGGAACAGCUAUUAUACAACUGGCGAAACAUUCACGGUAUAUUUUCCUCAGGCGCGACACUGAUCUACUGCAUCUGGGCAUCGCCCUCUCUUCAGGCCACCACCCCGUUCGCGGAGGUAUUGAGGGAUCUGCGGAUCUGCUCCAACCUCCUCAGUAUCGGUGGUCAGUGGUGGCCUUCUGUACGUAAUGGCAAGGGAAGCUUCGACAAGAUGGUCGACCUUACUAUACGGCAGUUAAGUCGUACUCAGACCUCCCCAUCAAAAAUGCGGGGCUCACUACACACCCAACAUGCUGAGAUUGGCUGUCAACCUGAUCUACACGAUUCCAGUUUGGUUCCCGAAUUUCCUAAUAAUUCGAGUAUUCAACUAACGGAAGACUCAUCCCGCCACCCUGAAGGGCUCGGUGGUCUCCCCAAUGCAGGGUUUCAUGACUCUACAGGAGACAAUUUGGAUCUUGGUUUCGGAGAACCUGGAUUGUUGUUUCCCAACCCGAAUGGCAUGGAUGUUACUGACACAUAUUCCAUUGACUCUGCGAUGGAGAGCUUUCUCGCCGAAUUUAUCCGCGGAGACUGGGGCUGGGACCCAUUCUCAGGCACAGCGGCCUUGUGAAAGCACACCAGUCUGUUAUCACCGUUACCCCCAUCACAAGGCCUUUGUCGAUCGGAGCCGACAGACUAUAUAAAACGAAUACCACAGUGUGUCUCAUAUACUAUACAUUCCGAU